AUGAGAGAGCAAGACAAUGAAUGGUCUCUUGAUUUCACUCUUCCAAUCAUGGCUUUGUUGAAAUCGACGGGAAAUGAAACGGCUGCUUAUUUGAAAGCAAGAGAGAUUUGUCAUAGCAAUCGUUUAUUGGAAUCAUGUUUAAAUGCGUGCAAUGGAUCGAUGGAGAUUGAGAUUAUUCGAUUGGGAUUGAGAGCAUGGGAUAAAACAUGUCAAGGACUUGAAGAGAUUCGAGAUGAAUUGCCGUGUUGGAAGAAGCAAGGCUAUGUGAUCACUGAUUCGUGCAGUUCACAUACGACAAGAUUACGAAACAGUAUGGAAUUCUUUGCUCGAAAUGUCUCAAUGAGCUCAUUGCCGAGAGUUUGCAGUAAUUUCGACGAAUUCUCGAAUUGUUUUAUCGAGGCUUAUGGCCGUUUUUGUGGUCAUUCAUCGUUAAAGCUAACCGAGAAAAUGUUCGAGGCAAACAAAGAGGCCAUGUUUAAAAUGGUGAGAUUGAAAUUCUCGAGACAAUACACAAUCCCGGACGCUUGUACCGGGACGAUCAUUCGUCGUGAUGCCGAUUCAUCCGAUAUUUCAUUGUCGAUUCUAUCUUUUCCUUUCAAGCUAGCAAUCCUUUCAAAUUUUGAUGCUAUGACAGAAGAAAAUGGGAAUAAAAUCGGCUACAUUGGAGCGAUCAGUUACACGGCAGGCACGAUAAUCGGUUCGGGUAUUUUUGUCUCUCCAAAGGGAAUCCUCACACAUGCCGGCUCGAUUGGUCUCUCAUUGGCAAUUUGGGUUGGAUCUGCUGUGAUUGCAAUGCUUUCCGGAUUGGUUUUCGUCGAAUUGGCCACUUCGAUUCCCGAAUCGGGCUCCGAUUUUGCGUACAUAAAUUUCGUGAAAUGGAAACCCCUUGCUUUUGCUUUUUUGUGGCUUUCGAAUUUGGUGGAAGCAUCAUGCAGUUGUGCGAUUUUAUUCUAUACAUUUGGUGAAUACAUGGUUGAGGCUCUUGAUCCACUAAAUCUUGAUCUCUCAUCAACGAAACGACAUCGUUUAGAGCAACUUUUUGGCUUUGCAUUGUUAUGGAUUUUGAUGUGGGCGAAUUUCUUCUCUCUUAAACGAUGGGCAUCGAAAAUUCAAAUUGGAAUCACAAUCGCCAAAUUAUUUUCCGUUUCGAUCAUCAUUGUCACUGGGUUUUAUUUUCUAUUCUUUAAAGGGAAAUCGGACAGUUUCGAGUCAUCGAAAGUCUGGAAGAAUACGCAAAGUAAACCGGGAGAAAUCGUUUUGGCGAUCUAUUCGGGAAUUUGGGCCUACGCCGGGUAUGACACGUUGAAUUAUGGAACUGAGGAUGUUGAUCCAAAGAAAUUGAAAAAAAUCAUGCCAAUGGCGGUGAUUGGCGGCUUGACGAUUGCAACAAUUGUAUACAUUUUGGCGAAUAUCGCUUAUUUCGCCGUGCUUCUUCCCGAUGAGAUUUUGGAUUCGAAUGCUGUGGCCACCACAUUCAGCAAAAAAACAUUAGGCAAUUUCUACUAUGCAAUGCCGGCAAUCGUCGCGAUUUUGAUGAUUGGAACAAUCAAUUCCGAUAUUUUCUCGUGGAGUCGAUUUAUCGUGUCCGGUGCUCGAGCUGGAAUGAUGCCUCGUUUCCUUUCACUCAUUCAUAUCGAGAAUGAAUCGCCGAGAACGGGAAUACUCUUUCAUGUUUUUGCCGCAAUCAUUUUCUCCUUUAUCGGCCCCAUUGACACGUUGAUGAAUUAUUUAUUUGUUACGGGGAUGCUCCGUCAAGCAGUCACUGUCGCGGCACUCAUUUACAUUCGAUUGAAGAAAAUCCCCGUCAGCAGCUCGGCGCUUCGUCUUCCAAUUUUCAUCCCAGUCCUUGUUUUUGUGAUCUCGAUUGCUCUCGUCGCUGUGCCCGCAUUUCAGGAUCUUCUUGCAACGGGUGUUGGAGUCGGAAUGUUGAUUGUCUUCCUUUUCGCCUAUUUUCUCGUCAUUUGGCCAAAUUAUGAUUGGAGUUUUUUGAGAAAAAUUGAUGAAUCGUUUACCCAAUUUUGUCAAAAGCUCUUUGUUUCUGUGAUCGAUGAGGGACCAAAAAUCGUUUAUGGAAAUGCGAAUGAGAAUGAGAAAAGCAAAUUG